AUGUCUGAAAUAGUAAAGAAAGAGGAAGAAGUAGCAGGGGCAGAGUUUGAUGCAGGUCAUGAAGAUGUAGUGGAAGCUAGCUCUGAAGACUAUAGUAAGUUGAUGCAGCAGUAUCAGGACAAAUUCAACAUUGCUUACAUGAAGUCACAAUCGCUUUGGAAAGCUGAAAAGUUGCAGCGCCAGACCUUGUAUUCUUACCAGAGGAAAGUAAAUUCCCUUUUGGACUUACUAAGCAGCUAUGAAGUGGAUCCUAAGAAUGCCGAUACUGAGAAGAGUGAACAUGUGCUCAGAAUUGAGAAUUUGUUGAAGUCGAAGGGAAUUAACCCAAAAUUAAAAAGCAUCUUGGAACCAUUAAAGGAGUUUAAGGAUACUACCAAGAUACAGAAUAACAAUCACAGUUUAAAUCUUUAUUUGACUGAAACAAUACCCGAGGUUGUAGGCGAUGAGAUUGACCAUUUGGAAGUCAACCCACAAGAUGCUGAGGCCUGGGUAAGGCGCCAGUACCCACACUUGGUGGUUAGUAAGUUCAAACCCGUUAACGUUUCUUCAACCUCCAUUCAAAAUACUGUAGAGGCCCCAGCCUCUCGUCCCGGUGUGAAAAGACGUAGGCGAACUCCAGUGACAGCUGCUGCUGAUCAAGAUACCGAGAGAGAAGAGACUGGCAGUCCGCAGCCAAAAUGA